AUGUCGGAAGAGCAAGUAACCAGCAGUCCAAUAAAGAAGACUUCGCAUGAAAAUUCACCGCUAACGGAGCCAUCAACGCCUGCGGACAGCAACUCAGCCAAUUCGAAUGCUCUUGAGAAAUUGGUGACAAAAUUAGGAAAAUUAACGACUAAAGAGAAGGAAAAAGAUACAAGGCAAAAGUUGUCGUCGUUAACAAUUGAAGGCAUCGCCGAAUAUAUUUGUAAAUCUGAGGUAAAAAAUAUAAUUGUUCUAACAGGAGCGGGCAUAUCAACAUCUGCUGGUGUUCCAGAUUUUCGAAGUCCAGGUAGUGGAUUAUAUGAUAACUUAUCACAGUAUAAUUUGCCCGAUCCUAUGGCUAUUUUUGAUAUUUCCUAUUUCAAGAGACAUCCUGAACCGUUCUACAAAUUAGCAAGAGAUUUGUUCCCAUCGCAUUUGAAACCUACUCCUUGUCAUUAUUUAAUUCGUCUAAUUGCUGAAAAAGGUCUGCUGUUAAGAUGGUACACACAGAAUAUUGAUUCCUUGGAAUUUGUGACAGGUAUCAGUGAAGAGAAGUUGGUGACAGCGCAUGGAUCUCAUCACACAAGCACUUGUUUAUCAUGUCGUACAAAAUUUGAUUUAAAUUGGAUAACAAAUAAAAUAUUUGUGGAACAUGCCAAAGUAGCACAUUGCGAUAAGUGCGGCGGAGUCGUUAAGCCUGAUAUCGUAUUUUUUGGCGAAAAUCUUCCAGAACGAUUUUUCAACUGCUCAAUCAGAGAUUUUCCCAAAUGUGAUCUUCUUAUUAUUAUGGGAACAUCUCUCGUCGUACAUCCUUUCGCAGGAUUAGUUGAUGAAGUUAACGAUGAUGUGCCUCGAUUAUUAAUCAAUUUAACAGAAGCUGGCCGCAAUAUGAGCUCAUUGUUCUCUUUUGGUGGUAAUUCCGGCUUACGCUAUCGCGAUAAGAAUAACUACAGAGACGUAUUCUGGCAAGGCACAUCGGAUGAUGGGGCCUGGAAACUAGCCGAAUUGUUGGGGUGGAAGACAGAGCUUGAGAAAUUGAUAGAAACAGAAAUGAAGAAAAUGGAUGAGAAGGAGGAAAAGGAUAAGAAAAACAUUGAAUCUACUGUUUCAACAGUUGACAGCAUCAGUAAUGGUAAAGGAACGACGAAAACAGUUGAUGAAACACCAACCAAAUAA